AUGGACUCUCAGGCAACAUUCAUACCAUGCCCUGUCUCCUAUUCGAUGAAAUUAAACAUCAAUGACGAGACAAGGGUGGCAAAGAAGGCCUACGGUUUUGUUGCAAUCAUGCAAACCAAGACGUUGCAACAGAAUAAACAAGUUCAGAGAUAUGAGCGAUGGCCAUUACGAAUCUCGCAUAGCUGUUCUGUGAAUGAAACAAGAUAUUGGAACGCGGGAUUUCCUCUACAUACGACUUCAUAUAUGGUUUAUGCGAUUUUUUUGAGGACUUCACUUAUAGUCUAUUCUUCAAUGGACAUCAUGUCGUCUAGGGAGAGCUAUGAGUGGUUGAACCAUACACUCGGCGUAUACGAGCCGAUAGAGCAGAAGUUUGGCACGAUGCCACAUCCUUUCUUUACUCUCGGUACUGCAUUCCCUGCUUGGCUUCCCAGCUCGAAGUGCUAA